AUGUCGGACAAGCAUGAAAGUCGACAGGGGGAGUUUCGGGCUGUUACUAUUGCCAUGAGUGCGCUGGCCGCGGUUUUUGUUACUUUGCGAUUCUUGUCCCUGAAGAGAGGAAUGGGGCUUGGGAUGGAUGACUUUGCCAUGCUGGUAUCUUUGGUAGGUGUCGUCACCGCUACUUGGCGAGUUCAUCUAACGGGUUGCAUUGCAGGUCUCAAUUUGACCCGUAAGACUAUCACUGCCUGUCAUAUCAUGGUCCCAGAUCUAACAUUCGGCAUGGGACUACAUGCCAGCAUUUUGUCAACAAAUAGUCUCGUGAAGAUUGCGAAGUUGUUAAUAGCUUACGACUGUGUCUACUGCGCCACAGUUGGCAUGAUCAAGCUGUCGGUGCUAUUCAUGUAUACUCGCAUCUUUCCCAACCGAGAAUUCCGCGUUGCCGUCAUUGUCUUGGGAGUAAUUACCGUCGCAUGGAUCGUCGUUAUCACCUGCGUGAAUGUUAUACAAUGUGCACCUAUAGAAAGGGCGUGGGAUACGUCGAUACCAGGAGCAUGUAUCGAUGCAAGAGACUUGUUUAUCGCAAACAGCAUUCCGAAUAUUGUGACCGAUAUCGCCAUUAUAAUACUACCAAUGCGAGCUGUGUGGAAAACAAACGCCACAGUCACCCACCGUCUGUCUGUCAUUGCACUUCUUCUUCUCGUCCUUUUCACUAGUUCUUAUCGUUUCAGUACUCUCUUUGCGUUCAAAGCUUCAGAUAAAUCCUGGACACUCGGCAAUGCGUGCACCUGGAGUGUGAUUGAGUGUUCCAGUGGCAUAAUCACAGCCUGCAUACCCACCUUCUAUCCGUUCAUUGAAAGGAUCUCGUCAAAAUUCCCCACAAGAUCCCAAACGAAAAGGGCAGAUGUGAUGAUCUCGGGUAGAGCGGAAUCUACUAAACCGGCUUUCCGGCCUCAAGACGAGUUCGUGGGGAAACCAAUGAUUCAGUUGGUAGUGACACAGCCGCAAGAUGAUUUGGGAGAUGACGUGCCUUUGAAUACUAUCCUGGUGCGACGGAGUAUGACAUGGCAAGAACAAAAUUGUGGGAGGGAUUGUAGGUCACCUCGUCAUUGGAGAUAA